GUCCUGUGAUUGGAGCUGCUGAAUGGGACAUUAGAAAGGGUGGAUUAACAGACGGGAAACUCAAUUCAAGAAUCACAUCAAGAACUGAAAGAUUCACUCCAUUCACCGGGACCUCACUAUCGUCAGCAUUGAAUAUGGAAGGAAUAAGCAAUUUCACAGGGGAUUAGGAGAGGAUUUACAGUUGGGAAACUGAAACCAAACACCACACCAAGAUCUCAAGAGUCGCCCAAUUUAUCAUAACCUGAAUAACAUCGGAUUUUGAACAUGGAAGGAAAAAGCACUGUUCACAGUGGGGAAAAACCGCACAUCUGUUCUGUGUGUGGACGAGGCUUCAGCCGAUUAUCUGGUCUGUCGAGACACAAGCGCAGUCACACUGGGGAGAUAUCAUGUAAAUGUGGGGAUUGUGGGAAAGAAGGCAAUUUCCUGUCAAAGCUGGAAACUCAUCAGUGCAGCCACAGGGGAGAGAAACCAUUCACCUGUUCUGAGUGUGGAAAGGGAUUCACUAGGUCAUCCAACUUACAACACCAUAGAACUCACACUGGGGAAAGGCCAUUCACCUGCUCUGAGUGUGGAAAGGGAUUCACUCAGUCAUCGAACCUGUGGACACAUCAGCGAGUUCACUCUGACGAGAGACCUUUUAAAUGUCCAGACUGUGGGAAGUGCUAUAAAAGUUCCGGGGAGCUGAUUCGUCAUCAACGGGUUCACACUGAUGAGAGGCCAUUCGGGUGCUCUCAGUGUGGGGCUGGUUUCAGGAGGCCAGUGCACCUCACUGAACACCAGCGCACUCACACUGGGGAGUGGCCGUUUACCUGCUCAAAGUGUGGGAAACGAUUCAUUACCUCAUCCCAUUGGCUGAGACACCAGCGAGUCCACACAGGUUUGAGGCUGUUCACCUGCUCAAACUGUGGGAAAGGAUUCAUUACCUCAACCCACCUGCAGUCACACCAGCGAGUUCACACUGACAAGAGACCUUUUAAAUGCCCAGACUGCAGGAAGUGCUAUAAAUGUUCUGGGGACCUGAUGUCCCAUCAACGUGUUCACACUGACGAGAGACCAUUCAGGUGUUCUCACUGCGGGACUCGGUUCAGGUCAUCAUCUCAACUCAUUGUACACCAGCGAGUUCACACUGGGGAGAGGCCUUUCAUCUGCUCCAAGUGUGGGAAGGAAUUCAUUAACUCAUCUAACCUGCUGAGACACCAGCGAGUUCACAAGUGACUACAGUGAUUGGAUUUUGCUGUUAAUCAUAUCCAGGACUGAAGUUCA